AUGGAGGAGUAUGAGCUACUCGUCGAAAACGAAUAUGGAGUUAAUGUUGUCAUUGUUUGUGUACUUCCUGAGACGGGAAGCUGGCUACUGGUGGGAGAAUAUUUAACAGAUGUUGUCAGUGGCGAAGUAUGGAAAGUCGGAUUGCUAUCAGUUGAGGUAGAAGUGCUUAUUGGGCUACUCUUAACAGUUGAGGUUGGUGAUCUUCUGCUCGUUGAUAAAGGAACAGAGGAUGUUCCGCUACUGGGUUCAGUCGUUGAAACGGAAGAAGUUGUGGAACUGAUCGGAUUGCUAUUCGUUGUUGAAAUUGCUGAAGCGCUAGUUGUGCCACUGCUAGGUCCAGUCGUGGAAACUGAAGAAGUUGUGGAACUGAUCGGAUUGCUAUUCGUUGUUGAAAUUGCUGAAGCGCUAGUUGUGCCACUGCUAGGUCCAGUCGUUGAAACUGAAGAAGUUGUGGAACUGAUCGGAUUGCUAUUCGUUGUUGAAAUUGCUGAAGCGCUAGUUGUGCCACUGCUAGGUCCAGUCGUUGAAACUGAAGAAGUUGUGGAACUGAUCGGAUUGCUAUUCGUUGUUGAAAUUGCUGAAGCGCUAGUUGUGCCACUGCUAGGUCCAGUCGUUGAAACUGAAGAAGUUGUGGAACUGAUCGGAUUGCUAUUCGUUGUUGAAAUUGCUGAAGCGCUAGUUGUGCCACUGCUAGGUCCAGUCGUUGAAACUGAAGAAGUUGUGGAACUGAUCGGAUUGCUAUUCGUUGUUGAAAUUGCUGAAGCGCUAGUUGUGCCACUGCUAGGUCCAGUCGUUGAAACUGAAGAAGUUGUGGAACUGAUCGGAUUGCUAUUCGUUGUUGAAAUUGCUGAAGCGCUAGUUGUGCCACUGCUAGGUCCAGUCGUUGAAACUGAAGAAGUUGUGGAACUGAUCGGAUUGCUAUUCGUUGUUGAAAUUGCUGAAGCGCUAGUUGUGCCACUGCUAGGUCCAGUCGUUGAAACUGAAGAAGUUGUGGAACUGAUCGGAUUGCUAUUCGUUGUUGAAAUUGCUGAAGCGCUAGUUGUGCCACUGCUAGGUCCAGUCGUUGAAACUGAAGAAGUUGUGGAACUGAUCGGAUUGCUAUUCGUUGUUGAAAUUGCUGAAGCGCUAGUUGUGCCACUGCUAGGUCCAGUCGUUGAAACUGAAGAAGUUGUGGAACUGAUCGGAUUGCUAUUCGUUGUUGAAAUUGCUGAAGCGCUAGUUGUGCCACUGCUAGGUCCAGUCGUUGAAACUGAAGAAGUUGUGGAACUGAUCGGAUUGCUAUUCGUUGUUGAAAUUGCUGAAGCGCUAGUUGUGCCACUGCUAGGUCCAGUCGUUGAAACUGAAGAAGUUGUGGAACUGAUCGGAUUGCUAUUCGUUGUUGAAAUUGCUGAAGCGCUAGUUGUGCCACUGCUAGGUCCAGUCGUUGAAACUGAAGAAGUUGUGGAACUGAUCGGAUUGCUAUUCGUUGUUGAAAUUGCUGAGGCGCUAGUUGUGCCACUGCUAGGUCCAGUCGUGGAAACUGAAGAAGUUGUGGAACUGAUCGGAUGGUUAUUUGUUGUUGAAAUUGCCCUAGUUGUAGUAAUCGGAGAACUUGAAACUGAUAGUGUUUGUGGAGACGUUCCACUGCUCGGGCUACUGUUGGCAGUAGGAUUUGUCGCAACCGUUGUGGAUUCACUGCUGAGGGAAGUUUUGGUUGGAGAUGCCGGAUGCGAUGAAGCGCUGGUUGGGUUACUAUUAGCAGUUGAACUUGAAGAAACUGUUGUUGUUUUAAUAGUCUCCACGCUCCAGAGCGUUGUUGAUGAUAUCUGCGACACUUAUUACAAGGAGUUCAUCUAUUUCAAGGAUAAUAUACCAAAGUCAUUAGUUUUUAUUGUCGAUGACUUUGAUUAUGAAACUUUAAUUUGCGAAUACUCGCCGGAUGGAAAAUAUUUCAUCAUCAUCGGAGAGGAAGCUCAUUUCUGUUUGUACAGAUCAGAUCCAUUAGACUUUCUGCACGAAAGAACUGUUCAAAAUACAUUGGGGUGGACCAAAAUUCGAAGCAUUUCAUUUUCACCAAGCGGUUCAAUGUUUAUGUUGAAUGGUAUCAAGCACAAUGGAAAUGGGGAAGUGUCCGUAUUUUCUAUUAAUGAUGAAACAUCAGAAGUUCAUUUUGUGAGUCGCGUUGAAUCAAACCCAUCUGAUUUUCAAGCUUGCUGGUUUGACGACAAACAUAUUUUAAUUGGGGAACUUCACAAUUUCACUUUCCAUAGUCCACUCGGCUCAUCAAUUACCCAAAUUUGGCUAUGUUCUGUUGAAAGAAUAUCAUCCGAAUCGAUAUUGGUUCCUUUGGUCAGAUUUUUGAACAAAAGUGGACAUAUCGUAAAUCCCAUAGUGAGCAACUGCGUCUCUCCUCGAUUCCGCCGAAUUAUUCAAAUGUCUGAAUUGGCAAAAGCCGAAGGAAAAACAUUGAAAGAAAAAGUGGAGGAGCUUGCAUAUGAUGCUGAUCUCGAUGAAGGAAAUAUCCAAGGUCUUAAAAGAAUCUUGGAUCAAGAACAGGAAUGUUAUCACUGCUAUCUCAAACAUGUCCUAUCGGAUAGCGAAUACGGCUCAAGCAGAACACUCAAACGAUUUGAGAAGCAUGAAGAGCAGCAACAGGCAAACGACGUUGAUAGUAUCAUGUCGCAAUUUGAUUAUCAGGACUAUCAUAUUGACUUUGGUGGUCAAAUAGAUAGUUUACGUAUGUCCGCAGAUUCCAAAAUGUUGUACGUCAGUGUUGAAAUGAUUGACAGGAAUCAUGAUAAUGAAGAGAUUGGAAUUGUGCAUGAGAUAAAGUCUGUUGACUUAGAGAAAAUGAUAUUUGACCCAAUUGGUUUGCGAGGAAAAAUGAAACCCAUGCAGCGGCAUUACGUCAGCGCGAAUUGUACGCUGAUAGCAAGUUUCACAACUACAAAAACUCUUCUCUGGUCAAAGGGACAUCGUGGACCGUACAUUCUGAAAACGGAAAUUGAUGGGGAAGUUUCAUGCGUUGCACUUCAUCCAUCUCAAAAUACAAUGAUUGUAACGACUGGAAGAAAAACGCUGAUAUAUUCUGCUUAA